CGUACCGGUCUGUUUCCGGGGUGGAGCCAGGGAGGGUGGGCGUUUAGGCUGCGCCGACCCCUCAGCCCCCCUCCAGGAGACGUUCGGAACCCAGGACAUGUCUGGAUUGAGGAGAUACGAGGUGGCGCUGGAGGCUGAGGAGGAGAUCUACUGGGGCUGUUUCUACUUUUUCCCCUGGCUGCGCAUGUGGCGGAGGGAACGGAGCUCAGCGCACCCUCGGGAGCAGAAGCUGGAGCCUCUGCGGGGCCUGAUGAGCUGUCUGUCAAGCGGACUGGGCACUGCUCCCCAGCGCUCCGGUCGCAGCCUCCCCCGCCGCACCCCCGCUGCCACUGCCCAGCCAGCCGGUGCAUUAAAGAUUUAAACCGAAGCCACCGUCCUGCCCUCCUGAUUCUGCCGCCGCUGCCGCCAUUCGGGCUGGGAGCCCCUCUCCACGCCGGCUGUUUCCGUAUUGACAGGGCCUCUCUCCCUGAUAGGGUGUCCGUCCGUGUCCAGGCUCCCAUUAUUCGUAAGGGCCCCUCAUCAGAGUCAGGCCUCCCCUUACUACCAGUGAUUGCCUUCCACCACCUAAGCCCCCCGCCCCA